AUAUAAGGACGUGGUUGUUCCGGUGAAAAGGGGAUUUGCUGCUGGAAGGCAGGCGGUUUUAGAGUGUAAUUUAUUAUGUUUUAAUCAACAAAUGUAUAUAUUUUUUAGCAGCAGACGAUUAAGUGUAGUAUUGCUAUGACACCUGCGCGUUUUCCUUCUGGAAACUCGCUCCUGUGAGGCCUCCCCGCUGCCCGGCUCGCCAUCGACUGAAGAAACAAUGACGGCCUAGCGAGCGUCGGACGUUAGCUAGCAGGGAGCUAACGGGGAGCUAGCGGAAGCUAACGGGGAGCUAGCGGAAGCUAACGGGGAGCUAGCGGAAGCUAACGGGGAGCUAGCGGAAGCUAACGGGGAGCUAGCGGACGUAAACGGCGAGCUAACAGGCAGCUAGCAGAAGCUAACGGGGAGCUAACAGGAAGCUAACAGGGUAGCGCUGCAGUGGGAUUUAAACCUCGACGCCGUAAUAACAUCCAGGCCGCUAUGAGCUCCCAGCUGCAGGUCUUCUCUCCUCCCUCCAUCUCCUCCAGUGCCUUUUGCCGCGUGAAGAAGGUGAAGGUGGAGAGCAAUGUUUGGGACGUGUCCACCACCGACGCGUACGGCUCCCUAGCGGGCCAGUCGGCAUACACCUUUGCCCCCGCCAUGGCCGUGGCACCCUUUGCGCCAUCCCUGGUCUUCCCCCCCGCAGCACCCGGCUCCAGAGGUCAGGUGGUGGUGCGGGCAGCCGACAGCACCGGCAGUCUCCCCCGUGGAUCCAGCCGCCGCGUGGCGGAGCAGGCAGCGGCUGAAACGAGGGGGCACAGGCACGGGCAGAAGAGAAAGGUCGAGGAAACCAACGAAGGCAGCGGGAGUGGAUGUGGCAGCGUCCAAAUAUUGGAGGAGCUCUCCGCCCCCGCAGCAACCUACUCCACCCGUACCGGCGGCGGCACGGGCCAGUCCAUCCCCCACUCGGCUCCAACCACCAAGAGCAGCAGCUCCAACGGCGAAGGGGACUACCAGCUGGUGCAGCACGAGAUCCUCUGCUCCGUGUCCUGCAGCUACGAGGUGCUGGAGUUUUUAGGAAGAGGCACAUUUGGUCAAGUGGCCAAGUGCUGGAAGAGGGGUACCAAUGAGAUCGUGGCCAUCAAGAUCCUGAAGAACCAUCCCUCGUACGCUCGUCAGGGACAAAUUGAGGUGGGCAUCCUAAACCGGCUGAGUGCGGAGAAUGCUGACGAGUACAACUUUGUGCGUUCAUACGAAUGCUUCCAGCACAAGGGUCACACCUGCCUGGUGUUUGAGAUGCUGGAGCAGAACCUGUACGACUUCCUGAAGCACAGCAAGUUCAGCCCGCUCCCCCUGAGGCACAUCAGACCCAUCCUCCAGCAGGUGGCUACAGCGCUCAUGAAACUGAAGAGCCUCGGUCUGAUUCAUGCAGACCUGAAGCCCGAGAACAUCAUGCUGGUGGACCCCCUCAGACAGCCCUACAGGGUGAAGGUCAUCGACUUUGGCUCCGCCAGCCACGUGUCCAAAGCGGUCUGCUCGACCUACUUACAGUCUCGCUACUACAGGGCUCCGGAGAUCAUUUUGGGUUUGCCGUUCUGCGAGGCCAUCGACAUGUGGUCUUUGGGCUGCGUGAUUGCGGAGCUGUUUCUGGGUUGGCCCCUCUACCCCGGAGCCUCCGAGUACGACCAGAUCCGGUACAUCUCCCAGACUCAAGGCCUGCCUGCAGAAUACCUGCUGAGCGCCGGAACUAAAACCAGUCGCUUCUUCAACCGAGGACCCGACUCCAGCUACCCGCUGUGGAGGCUGAAGACUCCAUCAGAGCAUGAAAUGGAGAUGGGCAUCAAGUCCAAGGAGGCCAGGAAGUACAUCUUCAACUGUCUGGAUGACAUGAUGCAGGUAAACCUGUCUUCUCAUCUGGAGGGCACGGACAUGCUGGCCGAGAAAGCUGACCGGCGAGAGUUCAUAGACCUCUUGAAGCGGAUGCUCCGUCUGGACGCCGACAAAAGGAUCACGCCCACCAAGACUCUGGGUCACCCCUUUGUCACGAUGAGCCACCUCAUGGAUUAUCCCCACAGCUCGCAUGUGAAGUCCUGCUUCCAGAACAUGGAGAUCUGUAAGCGCCGCAACUCCUACGAUGGCAGCAAGCCGCUGUACUCCACCAGCGCGGUGCCCAGCGCUGCAGCGGGCAACCUCACCGUCACCUUCAGUAGCCAGCUCAACCAGCACAGCCAGGUGCCUUCUGCGGCGGGGGCGGUGCCGCUGCUCAACUACCAGCCCGCUCUGUACCAGCAGGCGACCAUCAACAUUCCCGGGCUCGCUCAGCAAAGCGUCCCCAUGCCGACGCGUCCCGCUGGGCUGCUGAGCCAGACAGAACCCUUCCAGCAGACGCUCAUCGUCUGCCCACCCUCCACCAUUCAAGGGCUACAGCCAUCCAGUAAGAGUUCCAGUUUCCCUGUGAGGAUGGAGAACUCUGUCCCCAUCGUACCUCAGAACCAGUCUGCCCAGUCGUUGCAGAUCCAGCCCAGUAUGCUCACACAGGUACGAGCUUGUAAGGGUUCCUGCACACCCCUGAUGGUGGCCACCCUGCACCCCCCCUCAGCAGGCAUAGCCCCCCAGUAUUCUCUCCCCCUCGGGCUGGGCACCGGGGUGGGUCGGCCCACCCUCCUGGAGCACACAGCCACCGUGCUGCAGGCCUGGCCCACUGGCACUCAGCAGAUCCUCAUCCCGUCGUCAUGGCAGCAGGUCCCAGGCGUGGCCAUCCACAGCGCCGCCCAUCAGUCAGCUGUUCCUGAAGCGCCGCUUGAAGCGCGUCACUCGAGUGCUUCUACGCAGCAGGGCCACAGCUGGAGGAGCUCCACCCAGACCAGGACCCAGCAGGAGAGGAAGAAGGUGAAGGCCAGACGGGGAGAGAACAGAAACAGGGGGAUCUCCACUGCAUCGUUACUCGCCAGCAGCGGCGUGACUCCGCUCAGUGCCACCUGGUCUCAGCCAAUCGUCAUCUCGGACACGCCCAGCCCAGCGGUCAGCAUCAUCACCAUCCACAGUGACACUGACACGGAGGAUGAGCGCAAGUUCCACCCCGCCAGCGUUGGUCUGAGCCAGCGCGCUAACGUCAUCAGCUGUGUGACGGUGCACGACUCCGACUCCUCCACCGCCAGCCCCCUGACUCCUCUGCCUCGCACACUGAACCCAGCGAGCAGCGCGUCAUCGCGCCAGGCCAAGUCUCUGGCGGUGGUGGCGCCUUCAGUCAAAACCCAGGGCUCCGAGAGAGGGGCUGCUCCCCGUGGACGCCCGGAGACGGUGACCUACAUGAAGCCUAAGAGAUCCUCCAACCGGCAGCCCUGCGGCUCGGGGGAGAGCGCGGAGCGCCACGGGCCGGUGCCGAGCCAGUCUCACCCCCUGAACCUCAGCCAGGUUCAGCCGGUGGUCUCUUCGUCUCAGGAGCGUUCCCACAGCGACUCGUCGAUGCGCCGCCAGUCGACGUUCCCUCCGGCCGUGUCCUCUCACUACAACUUCCCCGAGGUGUCGGCCCUGGCCUCGGCGCCCGGCCCCGGCCUGUACGCCUACCCGGCCUCCACGGCGCUCUCCUCGGCGUCUCAGGCCAUGGAGCAGCUGCUCGGCCGAGGCCACGCCGGCCACGGACACUCCCCCGCCGCCUAUGCAGCAACGUACGCGUCCUCCUCCAGGAGGGACUCGGCCAGUCGGAAGGACUCCGUCAGUAGUCUGCUGCACGGCCUUCCAGCAGCCUACCAGCAUCAGUUCACCGGUUCCCCCUACGUGAGCGUGACCCCCCGGGCCGAAGCCUACAGUGCCUACCAGCUGAGCCCGAGGCGCCUCACGCAGUACCCGUUCCUAUAGGCAGGAACACACUUGAACAAAGAUCCAAGUAAACUGCAUUCUGGUAGAAUAACUGUUUGUUUGCUGCUUUCGACUCAAACGCGGCGCUGCACCUCCUACUCAUUUACACGCUCUUUUGGGUCGCUUGUGUUUCUUGAAAUAUUGUUUGUAUGAUUUGAUGGUUCCCCUGACGAUGUUAUGUCGUCCAGCUUAUGUAUAAUCAUGUCAACGUGCUCACGCCUGUUCCUCUGGAGGCUUCUGAGGAGAGAGAUGAUCCUCCUGCAGCCAGCUGCUCGUCCUCCUUCCUCCUCGUGCUUCACACUAACCCGGUGUGUUUUAACUCUCAUAAUAACGUGUCUGAUUAAUCACAAAUAUGUCUAUUACUAUGUUUUAAAUUAUGUUUUGUCCGUGUGGGAAAGGAAGGUCCAUGAAGAUGUUGAAUAAGAGAAAAGCUGUGGUGAAAACUGUGAUGGAUACGUGUUAAUUUAAGUGCACAUGUGAUAGUCUGUUAAUAUAGUGACCGUGUUUAGGCAGGAUUAAUAAUGUCCUUAUGCAAUAGAAACCUUUUUUUAAAAGAAGAAAAAAAAACUGCAUCAACUUGAGUGCUGAAUGUAUUGAAGUACAGCGGAGUGACGCGAGAAACCUUGUUUUAAUUUAGUUUUGAGUUAUUAACCUUGUUUUCUGCCCCGUGGAGAGUGAAUACCGAUUGUGUAGGACCUCAAUUAUAAACCCGAUUUAUGGCCAGUUUGAGCUGUCUUUAUAUGGGGGGGGGGGUACCGUGACACUAAAUGAAGUACUCUGUAUCUGUUCACAGGUACCUUUCUUACAAAGGUCAAAGGUUGUGCUGUCUGCUAAACAUCCAUGUGAACCCCCCCCCCCCCCCCCGUCUGAUUAUAAAAGGUUGAGAUCCUGCUGCUCACACAUGAGUCGGCCCUCACAGCUGUUUCUGUGGGUUCUGAAUGCUGUUUGCAUCAGUUUUGUGUUGUAAUGUCUGAAUAUUUAACUGUAUUUCACCUUAACAUAGUAUAGUUAAGAGUCUAUUCGGUAGAACUAAUUCAGGGAAAAAAGGUUUCAGCUCAAAUAAUCCACUGUUACUGUUUUCAAUAAAAAUAACCACAUAUUCACAA